GUAUAAUUUUCCCUUAGCAUGGGAAAGGUCCGGCGUUCGAUUCGCCGCAAGUCCAUCUUUUUUGCCCACCUUUUUUUGUUUCCCCCGUGCGUCCCUUACCCUCACUUCCCAUCAUCCUCACUUCCCAUCAUCCCCACUUCCCAUCAUCCUUGCAUAUCUACCCAUAAAAACGAAAAUAGUCAAACCCUCAAAGUCCCCCAAAAGUCUUCCCAAACAGUGAGUGACCCCUACCGCAACAACACUGAACCCGCAUAUCCCAAGAAAAGUAGGGGGUCAUGAGAUCGAGCUCCCAUCGUCAGGAACGCACUAUUCCAAAGCGCUGGGUUGUUGUUCUUGUCGCCAGCGAAGGGGUAUCCCUACGGGCGUCCUUCAGCAUCGCAUUUCUACUUUCUACUUUUCUUCUAGGCUGAUACAGCAAGCGUCAUGGAGUGUAUGGGAAAAGGGAUUGGUGUACCGAGCCCGGUGAGAAGGGGUAUUGACUUUUCUGGGAGGUGGGUGGGAGAUAGGUUGGUGCGGACUGGCGGUCGACCUGCGGUGGUGUGCGGAGAGGAAGUGUUCGUAAACUGAGCUUACUGAGUGGGUGAGGGUUUGAUUUGUUCACACUCGC